AUUCUCACAAACUCCAUGUAUCAAAGGAGACACAAGGCUAGUGCUACCAAAGGUAGGACUAGUUUGGAGAAAAUUGAAGAAGAUUUGGCCAAAGCACGAGCAGCGAUCCUUGAAGCAAUUCGGUUUAAAAACUACACAUCGGAGAAAACAGAGACUUUUGUCCCAAGAGGAACCAUUUACAAAAACCCAUAUGCUUUUCACCAGAGCCACAUAGAGAUGGUGAAGAGGUUCAAGGUGUGGAGCUACAAGGAAGGAGAGCAACCGCUGGUGCAUUUUGGUCCAGUGAACAACAUAUAUGGCAUUGAGGGACAAUUCAUUGAUGAAAUAGAGAGGGAGGAGAGCCCCUUUAGGGCUACACAUCCUGAUGAGGCGCACACAUUUUUCCUGCCCGUCAGCGUGGCCAAUAUUGUUCACUAUGUUUACAUGCCUAUCACCCGAAAACAAGACUACUAUCGCGAUCGCCUGCAACGGGUUGUGAUGGACUACAUUGGGGUGGUGGCAAAUAAAUAUCCCUACUGGAACAGAAGCAAUGGUGCUGACCAUUUCAUGGCUUCAUGUCACGAUUGGGCACCGGAAGUUUCAGUUGGGAAGCCUGAGCUUUUCACGAAUUUUAUUAGAGUGCUUUGCAAUGCCAACACCUCCGAAGGAUUCCAACCCAAAAGAGAUGUCUCGCUUCCUGAAAUUUACUUGCCCUAUGGAAGGCUUGGCCCACCCUCUUUGGGUCAGGCUCCAAACAACCGCCCAAUUCUAGCAUUCUUUGCGGGUCGGGUUCACGGACCCAUUCGACCCAUGCUGCUCGAUUAUUGGAAGGGCAAAGACGAUGAAGUUCAGGUCCAUGAGAAGCUUCCCAAGGGCCUAAACUACACCAAAUUAAUGGGUCAGAGCAAGUAUUGUUUAUGCCCAAGUGGGUUUGAAGUGGCAAGCCCAAGAGUGGUGGAGGCAUUUUAUGCAGGGUGUGUGCCGGUUUUAAUUUCCGACAAUUAUGCAUUACCCUUCGGCGAUGUCCUCAAUUGGAGCCAAUUUUCAGUACAAAUUCCUGUCGCUAGGAUACCAGAAAUUAAGACCAUCCUAGAAUCAAUUCCAUAUGAAAAAUAUCUGAAAAUGCAAAAGAGGGUGUCAAGAGUUCAUCGGCAUUUUGUGCUAAACAGACCAUCUAAGUCAUUUGACGUGAUUCAUAUGGUGCUUCAUUCAGUGUGGUUGAGACGACUUAACUUUAAACUCGAAACAUAA